AUGAAACUUACUGUCCCUUGUAUGCAUAUCAUGUGGAUAGAAAAUGUAGACAGAAGUCAAGUAGCGGAUAAGUGUCAAGAAUGUGUUAGUGAUGAAAUAAUCGAAGGGGUUUUGUCGACAACAUCUCAACAACAACAACAACAGCAACAACAGUGUGAUGAAAGCUAUUCACAGUCGGUCACACUGAAUAAUGUAUGUAACAAGGGAAAGUUAUCAAAUUGUAACGCAAAUUUUAAAGUAACGCAUUACAGCAAUAGCCAUUAUCAGACGCAUACCAAUGUGAACACAGACUCUGUGAUAGAUGAUGGGCUUACCUUAUUUGGCGCGAAAUUAAUUACAAUUACAAUAAUUGUCUUACAAGUAUUUUUAAAUGUUCAUUCAAUAUGGUUACAUCACUAUUCAAAUGGAAAGUGUGAAAUUGAUUUGGAAAAGCAUUCACCAAUUUUCACUUACGUUUAUCCGUAUUUAUUAAGGGUGAUUCACUGUUCAGUCCCAAAUUUUGGAUGUUUUAUUGGAGUAAUUGUUUAUGCAGUCUACUAUUUCAAAAAUAGCGAAAGAAAUAAAUCUCAACCGGAUAACAUCCUACCAAAAGUUAAAUAUGAUUCAAUAGAUUUAAAAGGCCGCAGUGUUUCAAAUGAUGGGGAUUGUGAAGAGUUGAUUACAAGUCAUCUGGAAGAUAAUUCACUCACCAAGUUAACACCAACUGGUACACCUUCCAUUUGCAAAAAAUCAGACCAUAAUAGAAUGUUUAGGGUGGUUAGAAUAAAAGAUUGUUCUAUCCUCCUCUCCUGUUCAUUGUCGCCUAGACAAAGUCGAGUAUAUGAACCACAAAUGACUGCUGCCACUGAGAAUUCGGGGAACUGUGAUAGUAGCCAUAAACAGCAACAAAAACAACAGCAAAAGAAGCAACAGAAAGGAAGUAUAGAAAACAGUGUCGAAUUCUUUGGAAAUAUGCAAAAGCGUUAUAAUCAAGUGAGUUUAACAGCAGACUCGGGAUAA